AUGGGCGACGUAUUUGGAGGCUUUAGGCCAAAGCCUAGCGACAUUUUGAUAGCCAUCAUGGGAAUGACCGGGUCUGGAAAAAGCACAUUUAUCUCGCUGUGCACUGGACAAGAUGUUCCCGUCGGCCAUGAUUUGCAAGCUUGUACACAACACGUCACUGCAUACCAAUGCAAAUGGUCAGAUACCUAUGACAUAUAUCUUCUGGAUACACCAGGGUUUGAUGACACGAAUCGAUCAGACACCGAGGUUCUCAAAGAGAUUGCUUUGAGUCUUGCCAAGACAUAUGAAGACAAUGCGGAUCUGCUCAGAAGAUCUCAUGAUGUUUCGGAAGCUCUGUGGCAGGACAGUCUCAAGAACGUUAUUCUCGUCACUACUAUGUGGGAAGGCGAGGACGCAGCAACAGGAGAAAGACGAGAGCAAGAGCUGAUCGCCACGGAUGGGUUCUGGGGAGCCCUGGUCGAAGAAGGCGCUCAAGUCAACCGCCAUAACAAUACCCGCUCAUCCGCCAUGUCCCUGCUCAGAACUGUUGCCAAAAACAACCGAGUCACUAUUUCCAUCCAAAAGGAGAUGGUCAGUGAGCAUAAAGAUCUCAAUGAGACUGAAGCGGGAAUUGGCCUCAACUCAAACAUCCUUCUAGCUGAGCAGAGGGUCAUGAAGGAGAUGUCAGAAGCACUGGAAAUGGAGAGGCAAGCCAGGAAAGAUCAGGACGAAAAGUCAGCCGAAGAACAACGCCAAUAUCGCGAGACGAUGCAGAAAAAGAUUGACCAUCUCAAUCAAGAACGAGAGAACCUCAAGGUCAGUCUUGAAGAGAUGAAGGAGCAGAGGUGUCGCUUCAAAGUACUGGAGGGCAAGUAUAAGGAAAGCCAAGAACGUAUGCGCCAGCAAGACAAGAAGAUCGAGAGUCUAGAAAAGGAACACAAACAGCACAAGUCCCGAGAAAAGGAUAUACUUCAACAAACUGAAGAGGCCACCAAGGAAAUCGAGAGCCUCCGCCUUCAGCUUAGUGGAAGAGGUAAUGCUACAAUGGAAAUCUCGAGUAUGAGACCUCGAAGCUCUGGGUCUCAUUACGUGGCGGACUCCAACAAUGUGAAGUUGUUUCUAUCAGGAAGACACUACUUCCUUGGAGGCGAUAACAAAUAUUAUGCCCGCUACAAUACCGAUCUAACGCGACUGAGGGACAAAAAUGACAAGCGUAGAACUUGUGUGCUAGGGACUAAGGGAUCAUGGCUCUACCACUAUCAUACUGGAAAUGACAAGAACUGCUGGACAUGUGAGUUCAAUCUGAGUUAA